CAAAGCACACUUUACCACUUUCCACAGUGUAAAAAGGAUGCCGUCCUGGUUAAUCUCUUUACGCUAUCCGAUAUCGUCUCUUUAUAUCUCUCUCUCAUCCAAUUUGGUCCUCAUCCCCAAUUUUCCCUCCCACAAACCCUAACCCUAAUUCUCUCAAUUGCAUAAUUUCUCCCACCCAUUUUGAAAAUGCUUGCUUAACGAAGUUUCCCAGUUGCCGAAAGAUCGUCCAAGCGCUCAAAGUUCGUACUAUGUCGAAGAGGAUAGCUGAGGGAGUGGACAGGCUGUCCACUUUGCCUGAGCCAUUGCUGCAUCACAUUAUGUCACAUUUCUCAUUUGAACAAGUAGUAUAUUAUUCUGUGUUGUGCAAAAAAUGGAUGCAAGCUGCGCAUUCAUUGCCGUCAAUAAAAUACAAUGAAAUGCAUUAUGAAAUGGGGAAAAGAGAGAAGAUUUUGGAGUUCCUUGAACGGCUUCUAUUGAAGCGGCAUGUGGAGUUGACAAAUAUAACUGAGUUUGGAAUGAGAUUGCAAAUAUGGCAAGAUCGAGUGGCAUUGGUGGACCGAUGUCUUAGCUAUGUGAUUGCGAGUAAUGUCAAAGAGCUGAGACUUGAAGGGUUGUGUUAUUGGGAUGAUCGAAGCUGGCGCUACAAUGUGCCACAAUUUGUUUUGAGUGCCAAAACAAUUGAGGUGUUGGAGUUAACUGGGUUUAAGCUGGAGUUAAGGAGGAUUGAUCUAAAGUUACCUUCUUUGAAGAGAUUAUGCCUGAUGCGAGUUUUUGCUGAUGAGCGUGUGCUUGAGAAUCUAAUUGCUGGUUCUCCUUUGAUUGAGUAUUUAAAGGUUGAUAUCUGUGAUGGUUUUAGACGUCUGGAGUUAUCUAAUCUUAAUAAACUCAGGAAAAUCAAGGUUUUUAGCCAUGUGUAUAAUUGUGAUCUUAAACAAGUGGAUAUUAAUGCUCUGCAUGUUGAUUCAGUUACAAUUAGUUUGCCAUUUGCACAAUUUGAGAUCAAUGCAGCAAAUUGUAAGAGUUUAAGACGACUAAAGUUAUGUAUGGUUUCCAUAGUUGAUGAGUGGCUUUGCCGUGAAAUUUCUAAACUUCCAGUCCUUGAGUACUUAAGCAUAAUGGAUUGUCACAGGUUGGAGAGAGUUAAGAUUUCAAGUCCAUCUCUUAAGCAUUUGAUCAUCGGAGGUUUGAAUUUGGUUGAGGUCAAGAUAGAUACUCCUAAUUUAAGUAGGUUUGAAUAUAUGGGUGAUAUAAUACCCUUCUCCUUGAAUGAUUUGGCUUUGGCAGAAUCGGAUCUUCACUUUUAUUCUGAGAAUUGUGAUCUGCAGUGGUUUGUUAAAUACACUGAACUUCUUGCAAAGUUCCAUCAGAUUUCCAAAGCAUUGUUUUUGCAUAGUAAUGGGGGUGAGAAUGUGAUUAUUCCAGCGGAGCUAAGGCGAAUCCAACGUCCCCCAUGUCCUGUUAUCAAGCAUAUAGACUUCACAAUAACUGAUGAAGAUAAGGGUUUUCCAAUUUCACAACUUGUGGAUGGCUUGCUCUGGAUUUGCCCGCAUGCAAUGAGUAUAACGAUACAAUAUGAAUUUGGUCUCUUCGACAAGUUCUGUUUUCUGUUCUCAUAUAAGAAGCGGUUUAUUUAUGAUGAAGAGACUCGUUGUUGCAGCCAUUCUCUUCCUGUCUCUUGUUGGAAGCAUUGCAUAAAGGAAGUUGAUAUUGAUCAUAUUAUACAGAGCUUGGGAAAAGUUCAAAUUGUCGAAACCUAUAAUUUUGAGGAUGAGAUCUUGGAGAAGAUUGCUGGCAUUAGCAGAUAUGAGCCCGAGUUAUGAUAAAAUCUCCUUGAAUUGGAUAUUAUGUUGUGAUACUUAGGUUGUUGAAUAUAAUUUAGGGGUUUGAAUGUAUUUUGUAAUAUGCUCUCCUGUUUAGGUUCAAUUUAUACUUUUGAAGACAUAUUUGAUGUAAACUACUAACAAACUGUUUGGAAGUGUGAUGUUAUUACUAAAUUCACCUA